GUUACGUUUAAUCUCUUCCUCAUACUGAUCAUCAAAAUGCUUGGGAUUUUACAAUUUCGCCUUGGAAAUCGCUUAUACUCUGUGAAAGCGGUCAAAAAAGACGCCAAAAAAUACACAGACACAAUCAACCUACCAAAGACCAAGUUUCCCAACCGUCUGACUGCAGCAAAACGCGAAGAACAGGAGCGUUUGGUUUUAGAGAAGAAAAUCUCUUUUUCAUAUGAGUACCAGGAGCAGCAAUUGGCGGAUAAGGGACAGCCAACUUUUGUCCUUCAUGAUGGACCACCGUAUGCCAAUGGACAACUCCACAUGGGUCAUGCUGUAAACAAGAUUCUAAAAGAUAUUACCGUACGCCAGCAUGUGGCACAUGGUCAGCAGGUCAAUUACAUUCCUGGGUGGGACUGUCAUGGCUUGCCCAUCGAACUAAAAGCCACUAGUACUGCUCAGGGUCAGAAUGCUCUGGAAAUCCGGCAGAAAUCUCGCUCCUUUGCUUUGGAGGCCAUACAAUCCCAGAAGGAUGAGUUUAGCAGCUGGGGAAUACUGGCCAACUGGCGAAAGGAUGAAAUAUAUAUGACUUUCCAGCCGGAGUUUAUAGCAAACCAAUUGAAAAUGUUCCACAAUCUUUAUGAAAGAGAACUGGUCUAUCGCGAUUUGAAACCGGUCUACUGGUCACCUUCAUCCAGGACAGCCCUGGCUGAGGCGGAACUGGAAUAUGACCACAAUCACAUAAGUCCUUCAGUAUAUUUGAGGUUUGCCCUUAAUCCAAAUGACUUCGAUAUAGAAGAUAAGCAGAUAUAUGCCCUCGUAUGGACCACAACACCUUGGACAUUACCGAGUAAUCAAGCAAUUUGCUACAACUCCUCAUUGGAUUAUGUAUUAGUCAGAUUGUCUAAUCGUAGCCCAGAUGAGCUAUAUCUCAUAGGCUCAGCACUUUUGGAAGACUUUGAGGCCACUACACAGAUCAAGUGUGAGCUAAUCCAAAAUGUGAGUUGUAAAUCCCUGAGCAAGCAAAGCUACAAACAUCCAAUUGACACAGAACAAUCGAGUCUGCCCUUUUUUGAUGCUAGUCACGUGCAGGAUAGCAAGGGCACAGGCUUGGUGCACACAGCUCCUGCCCAUGGACCAGAAGAUUUUCUAGUAAGCUUGACUAAGAAAAUACCCGUAAAAUGCUUCGUAAAUGAUGAGGGCAUUUAUACAAAGGAAGCUCCUGAUUUUCUACGCGGAUAUUCGGUGUUGGAACAGGGCAAUCCUUUAGUUCUUGAACGAAUAGCAAACGAUAUAGUGCACUCCUCCAAGCUUGAACAUUCCUAUCCGAUAGAUUGGCGCACAAAGCAGCCGGUGAUAAUCCGUGCCAGCGAACAGUGGUUUAUCAAUACGGAGAAACUGAAGGCACCAGCUGCUAAUGCCUUAGAGCUAGUGGAGAUCUAUCCCAGAACCAAUGCCGAAGCCAGUAAGAAGGCAUUGCUCACUCAGCUUCAGAAGAGACCAUAUUGGUGCAUCUCCAGACAGAGGGCGUGGGGUGUUCCCAUACCGGUUCUCUACAGUCGGGAGAGUGGAAAAGUGGUACUUAAUUCCACUCUCAUAGAACACUUUUGCAACCUAUUGCGCCAGGAGGGAUCAAUAGACUUUUGGUGGGCCAAUUCGGUUGAGGAACUUGUACCCGCUCAAAUAUUAAGUGAACUUGGAUAUAAAGCCGAAGAUCUCGUUAAGGGUAGUGACAUAUUAGACAUUUGGUUCGACUCUGGCAGCACAUGGUCUGCUGUACUGAAGAACGAUAAGGUAGCCGAUCUGUAUCUGGAGGGCUACGACCAAUUCACCGGAUGGUUUCAGUCUUCCCUGCUAAUGAGUAUUGCCGCCCGAGGAUGUGCCCCCUACAAGGCGCUCUUUGUUCAUGGAUUUACCGUGGAUGAGAAAGGCUAUAAGAUGUCCAAAUCCCUAGGAAAUGUCAUCUCCCCUAAGCAGGUAACCAAAAAAUACGGGACCGAUGCUCUGCGUUGGUGGGUGGCCUCCCAUGGAACCCAACACAUGUCCAUUACGGUCAGCGAUAAAAUGCUGCAGCAGGCAGCUGAGAGUCUUAGCAAGGUCCGUGGAACCCUGCGAUAUCUAAAAGGUGUCAUUGGCGAUAAACAUUCGAAGGUGAUAAUUACAAAUCCCGAUUCAAGCUACUUAAACCGCUACUUGCUAAGUCAGUUGGUUGAUUUUGAAUCAGAGGUAGAGAAGCUUUACGUUGCCUACGAGUAUAAUCGCGUAGUGGCCUGUGUCCAAAACUUUCUGGCCAAUCAGGUGUCUGCCAUCUAUGUGCAUCUUAUCAAAGAUCGGUUGUAUUGCGGAGACGAUCAAGAACUUCUUGCUAUUCGUCAGACACUCACCCACUGCUACCAACAACUUUGCAAAUGUUUAUGGCCCAUUGUUCCCUUUUUAGUAGAAGAAAGCUGGAGCUAUUACGAUACCACAGGCGCAGCCUUCCAUGAGCAGAGUGUCAGAGCUAAUCCAGAAUGGCAGGACAAAAGAGCAACUGAGGUGGUUAACGCGGCGAUAGAUGUGAAACGUCUUAUCAACCAGCAGGCUGGUGAGGUGAACACCUGGCACUUAGAUGUGACUAUCAAAGGAAAAAGAGGAAGCCAGCUGGAUUUGCUACACGAACUACAGAGCACUCUUGGAGGAACUGUGAGAAAUUCCGAACUGUGUGAGAUACUCCAAGUGGGAUCGGUUACUCUUUUAGAAUCAAAUAGUCCCGACUUGGAAAUAACCCUAAAUACAAUUCAUACAUCGCUGUGUCCACGCUGUCGUCGCUACAGUCUAGAGAAAGAAAACGAGCAGGAAACCUGCCAACGAUGCUCUAACGUAAUGAAUACUAAGAAAUAAAAUUUAAGAUUUGUUGUUUUUUAGUUUUAAGGAA